AGGUAAACUCCUCCCUGCCGGAGAACACCGCGGGUUUCCCCCAGGCGCAUGCGCACUGCGCGCCCAUUCGGCAUCAUGGCGGCGGAAGAAUCGCAAAAUCCCGAGAUUGGGUCCAACGUUACUGCCGUUUCUACCUCUGGUGUUGUGAGUGCCGAGAGCGACGUCCCUGAUGUAAAGAUGAGUUCUCCUAACCAGGAGACCAGCUCAGUCCAGACCCGGUCCGCUCAGAAAGCCGCGACCACCGAGGCCAUGGUGUCCACGCGCGCCAAGAUGACCAUCUCCCCGCUCAAGCCAGGAACCAGCCGAGCUUCGCAGCAGGCGGAAGCGAAAUCGGGCGCGAGAAACUUCAGCAACAUCUUCACGUCUCAGGGAACCCCCUCCGUCGGCAGCACCGCAGUGAUAGCUUCCACGUCCAGUGAUCCCGGAACCCCCAAGUAUAACCUCCGUGGGACGCCCAGCUUGGCGGACUCCCAACCCCCUGGCUCGCAGCGCAGCACUCGCAAACGGACGGCACGGAAGUCCACCCAGUCUGGUCACCACCACACCCCAAAGGUAUGUAUGUGGUAG